CAAGCAGUUUGCUCAAAAAGGGUCCUGCCGUGCCCACCUUGUGACGCCUUUUGGUCAGAGAGUCCUGCAGCGACCAUGGGAGACCAACACCAAGUCCAUGUGUGGGAGAACACCUACAUCAUGCAGCCCAAGGACAAUGAGAAGAUCUUGCCCUCAAAGGUGACGGCAGUGAUCAAGAAUGUCAUGGAUGGCUACCUUCAGGACAAGGAAUACGCAGCUGAAGACGCCAAGGCUUGGACUCUGGACCUGAGCAACGAGAUCAAGGCCUCCGUGAAGCAGGACCUGAACAUCCCGCGGUAUAAGAUCAUUGUGCAGGUGGUCAUCGGCGAGCAAGCGUCGCAGGGCAUCCGGGUUGCCUCCAAGUGCCUCUGGGACGUGAACUCGGACAACUGGGCCUCCUACACCUACGAGAACCAAUCCCUCUUUGCCGUAGGCAUGGUCUUCGGCUGCUACUACGAGUAGUUGGCUCACAGAGGCGGACGAACCGUCUAGCGUCUCACCCUGUUGGGCGGGCUGGCCAAUGUCAUUGCACCUUUCACGGGAAGCUGUGGUUUGUGAAGAGCCAUGCCUUGCUCUGCCCAUCACCAUCUGAUGAAUUCAAAACUUGCUCAGUGAGAUCCUUUGCAGAAGGAUUGAAAAGAUCUCCAUGCCUGCGUCACGAGCGCAAACUGAGUGCCAAGAGUUCAGCAGAGUCAACGCCAACAAACCGUUCGUUCAGCAGCAUGUUCGGAU